AUGAUGGGUGACUAUAAGCCAUCCAGCACAGUCUCCUCAGCACCCGCCAUGACGAGAAAGCCCACUGAGAAUGAAGCUACCGAUACCGAAAGUGCGGUCCUCUAUCGACAGCUUCGCCAAAAGCCUCUUAACAUCGUUGGAGGAAGAGGCAGCUACCUGCUCACGGAUGAUGGGCAAGAGAUCCUAGAUGCCACCUGCGGUGCUGCGGUCUCCUGUCUCGGCCACAGCGACGAGCGUGUGCACGCCGCCAUCCUAGAUCAGCUACAAAAGAUCCCCUAUUGCUACUCUUUGUACUUCACCAACAGCGCCGCAGAGAAUCUUUCCAGGUUCCUUAUUGACUCGACCGGGGGCAAGAUGUCCCGCGCUUUUAUUGUGAGCUCAGGUAGAACUCAGACCAGUACCGAAGCUGUCGAGGCAGCUCGUAUCAAUUUCAUCUCCCGCCAGUCGUCCUACCAUGGAAACACGCUGGGAUCACUUGCUAUCGGGCAUCAUGUUGCUCGCAGAGCCAUCUACGAGAACAUCCUCUCGAAGAAUAUCCAUCAUGUCUCCCAGUGCUAUCCUUACCGCAAUAUGCAGACCAACGAAACCACUGAGAGUUAUGUAACUCGACUGGCCCAGGAGCUCGAAGAUGAAUUCCAGAGAUUGGGACCAGAUACCGUAUGCGCAUUCGUGGCGGAAACUAUGCCCGGCGCUACUCUAGGCUGUGUCCCCCCAUUGCCAGGAUACCUCAAAGCAAUGAAGGGCGUCUGCGAGCGGCAUGGUGCCUUAUUUAUAUUGGACGAGGUUAUGUCUGGAAUGGGACGAACAGGAACCCUCCACGCCUGGGAGCAGGAAGGCGUCGUCCCUGAUCUCCAGACCAUUGCCAAGGGUCUCGGUGCUGGUUAUGCACCCAUUGCAGGCUUGCUGCUUAACAAGCACGUUGUGGAUACCUUGACAAAGGGUACGGGAGCAUUUGUUCAUGGGCAGACGUACCAAGGCCACCCAGUCUCAUGUGCCGCCGCGUACAAGGUGCAGAAACUUAUACAAGAAGACAAUCUUCUCGCGAAUGUACGGACCAUGGGCGAGUACCUCGGUCAGCUUCUUCACGAGCGGCUGGACAUUCAUCCCCAUGUCGGUGAUAUCCGUGGAAGGGGUCUAUUCUGGGCUCUGGAAUUUGUGCAGGAUAAGACGACAAAAGAGCCAUAUUCUCCCUCGAAGACCCUGGCGUGGACGCUUCACACUGCUGGCUUGAAGCCCGAGUAUUCAAUCUCACUCAUGCCCGGAAAUGGUGGGAUUGAUGGUAAGAAUGGCGAUCAUAUUAUUCUGGCGCCGCCGUACAAUACUACCAAGGCUGAGAUAGAGUUGAUUGUGGAUCGGACGGCUCGUGUGAUCCAGGAUGUUUUGGGUUAG